CGCCCAGCAUCGGUUAUCGGCGUGGCUGGCGUGCUGGGGCUGGGAGAUAGGCUCGCACGCUCGCACGCCUGCCCGUCACGCUCUCGGAUGCGUGCCGCAGCGUGCCGGCGGUGGCUCGGCCGCAGCCAGGGCAGCCGGCCCGGUAGCCCGUGGGGUAAUUUGGUGGCCAGGCGAGCAAAGGAGGCGAGGGGCGUCCUCCCACAGCUCCCCACGGCUGGAGGUAUGCGGUGUUCCCGUCCCUAGAGGCGGCACCCGAGUCCCAGCCCGGCGUUAGUGCCCAGAGGGAUGUGGAGCCACAGAGGCAGCGGACCCUGUGACUGACACAGCCUCUCCAGCCCGCAGCUGAAUGGAAAGACUGCAGAAGCAACAGCUGACCUCCCCUGGGAGCGUCUGUUCCUCCCGCGGGUCCAGCGUCCCCGGAUCGCCGUCCAGCAUCGUGGCCAAAAUGGACAAUGAGGUUCUGGGCUACAAGGACUUGGCCGCCAUCCCCAAGGACAAAGCGAUCCUGGACAUCGAGCGCCCUGACUUGAUGAUCUAUGAACCCCAUUUCACCUACUCGCUCAUGGAGCACGUGGAGCUGCCCCGGAGCCGAGAGCGCUCCCUGUCUCCCAAAUCCAUCUCUCCUCCUCCAUCGCCAGAGGUCAUCCGGGAGUGGCUGGAGAGCCGGACCCCCGGCAGCACCCCGCAGCCCUCCUCUCGCCAGGGCAGCAGCUCGGCCCGCAGCAGCGUGCAGCACUUUCACCGACCCGAGACUGACACAACAGAGCUCAACAUAUACAAGAAGCCUCCAAUCUACAGGCAGAAAGAGCACCAUCCCGGCCCCCACCACGGGAAGCAUCUCAUAGAGGACUUGAUCAUCGAAUCCUCCAAGUUCCCAGCGGCGCAGCCCCCAGACCCUAAUCAACCUGCCAAGAUCGAGACCGACUACUGGCCAUGCCCCCCAUCCCUGGCUGUCGUGGAGACGGAGUGGAGGAAGCGGAUGGCCUCCAAGAGAGGGGAGGAGGAGGAGGAGGACCUGACAGAGGAGAUGAAGAACCUGCGGGAGCUCCAGAGGCAGGAGCUGAGCAAGAUCACCUCCAACCUGGGGAAGAUGAUCCUGAAGGAAGAGAUGGAGAAAUCUCUCCCCAUCCGGAGAAAAACCCGCUCGCUGCCAGACCGGACACCCUUCCACACGUCUCUGCACAUGGGGAGCUACAAGAGCUCCUCGCUGCCCGCCUCCGGCAGGAGCACCCUCACCCGGCUGCAGUCGGCAGAGUUCAGCUCGGCAGGCAGCGAUAAGGGCAGUCCAGGCCUACAGAACGGCCAGCGUGGGCGCAUGGACAGAGGCAAUUCCCUUCCCAGCAUGCUGGAGCAAAAGAUCUACCCCUACGAAAUGCUGAUGGUGACAAACAGAGGCCGAGUGAAGCUGCCGCCCGGCGUGGACAGGACCAGGCUGGAGCGGCACCUCUCCCCCGAGGAUUUCCUGCGGGUCUUUGAGAUGCCCCCCGAGGAGUUCAGCAAGCUGGCCCUCUGGAAGCGCAACGAGCUGAAGAAGAAAGCCUUCCUCUUCUGAGCCCGCCUCGGCCCCGAGCUCAGUCCGUGUCGCGCCGUGUAACCGCUUUAGGGCUCUCAGCCGGUUUUUACUAGGAUUCCCCCUUCCCCUCUCCCCCAGCCCCCCGGCUCUGCCCCCCACCUCGUUCCUCCUGCGGGGAAAGGGCUUGGGGGGGCUCAAACCUGCCUCUGGUGCCCAGCUUGCAGCGGGGUGAUGGGGCUGGGGGCAGACCCUGCCCCAGAGCAGGCACGGUUCAGCCAGGAGGGGAGGUGUGGGGGGGGUGUCUCUGUGCUUUGUGCCCCCCUCUCCCCCUCAGCAUGCUGGCAGAGGCAGUGCCUGGCUCUGCUUUUGGCCAGCUGAGAGCGUGCCGGCUCCGGUGUGCGGGCAGUGGGGUGUCAGCUGCCUCCAGCCCCUGCACCCGGGGUGCCCCUCUGCCCCCGCACCUUCACCCCGAGACUUGGGAAGAGCCUGGGGGCUGACUCACUGCCAGACCGAUGUGUUCCCAGCAAAGCCAGGCCAGCAUCCCGCCUUGCCCCCCUCCAGGCCCCAUUUUAACAUCCCCCCCCGGUCCCUCCUGUGCCAGCUGCUGCAGCGAGGACCGCAAGGACACAUACACUGCCAAAACCUGCCCGGCACCGGGCUGGCGGAGGGCAGGGCUGGGAUGCUGGCGAGGUGAAGCACUGUGGGAUGGGGCAGGGGGUGGCAGAGCGGGGGUCUCAGUGGGACCCUGGGGCAGCUUCUGCUGCAUUUGUAACUGCAGAUGCGCCCGCAGCGGGGUGAUGCAGCGGGGUGAUGCACCAGGGCGAUGCAGCCAGGGCAAUGGGGCGAUGCACCGGGGCGAUGCAGCCAGGCAGAACGGAGCAGGGCACGGCUCCACGGGCACCGUGGCCGCUGGGGUCUGGGCAGCGCUGCCUGGUCCCCCGCGGCCGUGCAGGCAGGGCUCGGCACCAGGCAGCACCUUCCCUUCUCACACCUCUUCUCCCAUCCCCUCUUCUUUGGGCAGGACCCCUCUGCCCCGACACCCCCCAACCCCCCACGCUCCCCGGUUUCUGUUUCCAGCCACUCUCCAGCCGCUAGACCUUGUUGGGAUGUAAAGAAUGUAAUUUAUCGGGAAAUCACUGGCCCAUACUUGCCUUUCACUGCUACUCUACGAACGACAUAUCUAUAAAUAUAUAUAUAAAUAUGGGUUGUUUUCUGACUGGACUACAGUGAUCCACUUUCUCUGUUUUGUUAGAGUUUAUUUUAUUUGCUGGUGUCGGAGAAUCCGCGUGAGAGUGAUUUUUUGCUUACAAUUAAAGGUGAAAUGGCUUUAUCCA